UCUAUCUCUCUCUCUCUCUCUGCAAGUUAAUUUGUCUCAUUCUUCAUCUAAUUCCACACCCCCUCACCACCAUCAUUAUUCAUCACCACCAUCUCGAAUCCUCUCUUUUCACGCCCCGUAAAUUUCAGCGCUUUUUCCUACACCCCCCUCGCGCUUUAAAAGGGCAUCGUUCGAUGAAUGCUUUUGCUUUGUUCCCGUCGCGUGCGCUCGUCCAGAUCUGCGACCCGAAUGGACCCCCGGGUUUUCUCGCUUUCUUGAUUCUUGAUUCUUGAUCCUGCACAGGUUCCGGCGUCGAGAAUGCGGCCGUAGGGUUGCGAAUUUGCUCUCUCUCUUUUCUUUUCUUUUCCUUUCCUUUUUGGCCUUUUUCUUGGAGCCGUUUUUGUGAUCGCACUCCUUGGAUUUCGCCGGAUGGGAUCGGGCGCUAGCAAGGCGUCCCCGAGCCGGCCUCGGAGGGAUCGAUCCAAAGGGAAAGGUAGGGUUUUCCAGUCGUCCUGCCUCGGGACCCCCUCUGGAUCUCACGACAAUGACGAUGGCGAUCAGGUUUUCGAACAUCAUGACAAAGAUGAUGACUUCGGUUCUUUUACAAACCGCAACGGAACAGUGAGGGAUGAGGUUAAGGUCGAAUGUCACAGGAAAGCUGAAGUUGAUUCCUCAACUGAUAUGUCUUGUAUGUCCUCUGAUAAUGAGUUUCAAGAAUGGAACCAACCUAGUGGGGUCGGUCCUGUUGCUAGCGCUGGAAGUAGCUCUAUCCAAGCUUCUUCGACUCAGUCCUCAAAUCCUGCCAAUCGCUUCCUUUCUCGCUUUAGUUUUUUUCCUGGCAACGUGAGCUUCAGACUGAGCAGAGCAACCAGCGUACGAUCUUCAAGGGAUUAUAAUCUCUCUCCAACAAAUCUUACAGUAGAGGACAAUGAAGAGGACUUUCAUUUGCAUGGAUCACCUCCCAGUGGGUUGGUGAAUUUGAAUGGAUCUCAACAAGGGAAUGUAGAAAGUGGACUUCCUGAAAGACGAGCCACAGCUCGCGAACCUGUUGAAAGGAAUGUCCGUUUCAGUAGAACCCUCAGUGUGGGAAGGCUUCGUGAUAGAGUUCUCCGUCGAUCAUCAUUAUCUGAAUUGUCAUUUGGCGCAAUGCAGCUUGGAGAGGUGAGAAAUGAUACUGAAGGUAGUGAAGGACAGGUGUUGAGUGUUGAGACGACAGAUUCAGCCCCUGCUGAUAUUUCAGCACCAUCUGCAUCGACAUCAGGAUACUCUCCUUCUGGCCUGUCUCGCACCUUAUUUAACAACCAAGAUCAUGACAUAGAGGCAACGCGAUCAAGGGAGGCUAGGUACCGUGAUUUAUUGGAACAUCGGACAGAUUUCCUUGAACGUCGGAGGCGAAUACGUUCUCAGGUUCGCGCUCUACAGAGAUUAGGAAGCCGUUUUGAGAACCUGUCUGGCCAUGAGAGAUCUUGCAUUCUAUCUGGUCAGCAUAGGACAGGUCGCUGCACAUGUCGUAGCAGUACUCGUGAUGCCACUUCAAAUGAUGAUGCUAAUGCUAGGGCUAGCAUAUCAAGAAUCGUAAUGCUGGCUGAAGCUUUAUUUGAGCAAUCCGUUGUUUUAUCCUCCCGGCCUUCUGUGUCUUCAAUUGGAUCUGUUCCUGCACCCAAUGAAGUUGUGGAUUCUCUGCCAACCAGAUUGUACAAAAAGUUGCAAAAGAAUCAGAAUGAAGAGGCUGCACAAUGUUACAUAUGCCUUGUGGAGUAUGAAGAUGGUGACAGUAUGCGAAUACUUCCAUGCAAUCAUGAGUUUCAUAGGACAUGUGUAGACAAAUGGCUUAAGGAGAUUCACAGGGUAUGUCCACUUUGUCGUGGGGAUAUAUGCCGGUCGGAUUCAUUUUCUGCUGAAGAUGAAGCGAAUCAGUUAGCUAUCUGAUAAUGAAGAUUAUAGCCUUUUUCUGCGCUUGGCGGUGAAAGGCUAUGCAGACUCCCGAGGAUUGACAGUAAAGCGCGACUCAUUGUUAAGUUCAGUCAUUUUCCACCAGUAUGCAGUUGGCUUUCGAUUUAUUGAGAAAUCCACUACUGGUAGGAAUGGACUGAACUACUUGCCAUCUGCAGAUCUCCUUGUGGAGAGAGAGGGAGAGAGAGAGAGAGAGAGAGAGAGGGUUUCCUCUUUUAUAGUCUUCUGCUCCAUCAUUCCCUCAAUGAAGAUGCUGGCUUUUUGGGUUGUUGACAUGAUUGUCAGGGAAAUUGCCGGCGUCUAAUCAUGAAUGACCGGCAGAAAUUCUUUACCCUUUUUGCAUUGAUACCGGAGAUUAAAAUAGGGAAUCCACAAUGUUUGCAUAGUGUUCAUAUGCAAGUUCAGUGCUCAAGAUGGGUCUUUUUAUUCAGCUUCAAUUCACUUUCGACUCCAGCAUAGUAGCGGUCAUCAAGCGACUCGACGCUUGAAGCCGAAUGUGUUUGCUAUCCCUGUAUCAUGUGCGAUCCCUUGAUGCCUUCUUGUUUGGGGAGUAUUUCACGAAAUGAACGAGACAUUACUGGAUCAAACAAUGUCAACCCUCUCUUCUUUAUGACUAAUUUCUUCGGUAUUUUAUCUUUU